AUGACCAUAGUACAUGAUCACGGCAUUCACGAGUAUCCAGUACGCUUCUGCCCGUGUCUUGACCCGGAAACGGACGAGCCCGUGCCCGAGCCCAUUCAACUGAUCCACUUCGGGUUGUGGCCCGGAACAUGGAAACGUCCAGAGUCGGCGUACACGAUCUCGGGACUCCGCGAUCACCAGCUGCUGGGUCUUCAAGCUCAAAUGUCCACCCAUGACUACUUCGAGUAUUUGCGACGCACCACGGAUAUGGUGUGUCCAGAAGAUGUUCCGGACCGCUAUCGCGAGCUCAUGACAGCCGCACGGGAGUUCAUGUUCACGCGAGCUACGAAACGCGCCGAUGUAGAACCCACACAGGAACUCGAACCGGGUGUGCUUGCCAUUCGCUGCCCGGCGUGCCCGCAACCAGGCAUCAACAUGGAUCCCAAGUAUGAGAAGACCGGUAGGCCCGAAGGGGAUGAAUACCUGGAUGGCUUACACUACACGAUCGAUGGCAACUUUCAGCAGACGCAGAAGAAUAAGCCGAUGGAUGAGGCAGAUGAACCGCUGACGCUCGGAGCGGCUUAUCAUGCCGACGAAAGAGACUUCAAGGAGUUUCAACGCACGCGUCCAAAAGAGAAGAAAGAACCAACCACCUGCCACAAGUUUGGGGCCAUGGGUUAUUCACGAUAUGGCGGGCGCGUAACGGGUACUGUAGGAUUAUCCUGCGCGCGGCACAUGUUCACGCUACCCUUGGGUUCAGUGGAUCUGAAUGGCCCGGAGGCAUUCUGUUACGCCGACUGGGUACAGCUUACGGCAUUGAGGCCGUACUGGAAGACAUUACGCUGGCUCGCGGUCGGAUACGAUAUCAAUUGUCAAUAUCGGAUCCACUUCCACGAGCGGAUCAGGGAACUACAAAAACGAUACGGACACCUCAAAUCUAUUCCGGCAGACGAUUUCGUAUUCGAGCUCCUCUCGGCGGUCGGGAAGUUUCACCUGCCCGCGCACAUCCAGGCUUGCCGGUUCAAGUUUUCGUAUUACUACCUCCGUGGCGUCGGCAUGACAGAUGGUGAGGCCCUCGAACGAAUAUGGUCUAUCCUGAACUCUCUCGCCGCUCGCACGAAAGAAAUGACACCGGGACACCGUCAUGACGUACUCAACGACUUCCUUGGCGACAUGAACGUACGCAAGCUGCACAGCAUUGCACGCACCCUAGCAGACAGGUAUGAAAAGGCGAGGAGGCAGCUGGCCACGAUGGAAGAAACGAUGCAGAAGCUCGAAGAGAACUUCACCGUGGACGAAAUUGUGGCAAUGCAAGCGGAGGAGGCCCAGUGGCUAGCGGACGUUCGCGAUUUAGAUAAACACAAGAAACUGAAGAAUCCUUACGAAGUCAAGGAAGACAAGGUACCGACCACGAAGGAGCUCCUCGCUGAGAUAGCGCAGGCGCGCAGCGUCGAACACGAAGGUUCGGAUGCCGCACUCAGCGUGCUUCAUGUCGUCUUCGAAGGGGUAGAACUCCAGUCUCUACGGGAGGAUCUGCUGGAUGUGAUCGAAGAGAACGACGAAAGCGAAGAAGGUCAGAAGACGAGUGAUCAGAUCCGUCUUGACUUCCUCUCGAGGCUGGCGGAGUGGACGCCGGCAUUCAAUUCGGUCAUUCAGCCUGUGCUAGACGCCGCGGCCAAAGAGGUAAUGAGUGAAUACAAGGGCUCGACUUCGCUGCCAGACACAUUCCCCCUCCGCGGUAAGGAGCAUCUACAACCGAACCUCAAGAGCAAGGACGAGCGAGCCAAACGAGGUCUACCGCCGUUACGCGACCAAAAUGCGAAGUCCGCGAAGUCGGCGUUGUGGCGCGAGAUCGAGAGCGUUGUCGUCCCCCUCCCUUCGAGCUUCCAUGAGCUCAUCUUGCAGAGGCCGUCGAUGAAGACCCUAGUCAACUGGGAAAUCAAGGUGCGCGAAGGCCAGGCUGCGGACGCGCUCAACGACCUCCGAACAGGUCUUAUCGCGAGCGCGACACUCAAGCUCGCCAAGAUAGACAUGACUGGGAAGCGGCCUACCCUACGCGUCGGUAAGAAGAUUCACCGUAAGAACAACGAGGUCGCGGCGGCUGCCGAAGAGUACAGACGGGCUUGGGUAGCCCUCGAAGCGCUGGGCAUGACUGCAGACGAGGAUGAAGAGGGGACAACCAAGAGCGCCGCCAAGGGUAAGCUGGACGCUCCGGAACAGGACCGUUCGGUGUCGGAUUCCCAAGAGCACACGGUGGCCUCGACGGAAAUGGGACCGUCAACGUCGCGCAGAUAUCGUCGCCUUCGCAAACGAGAUGCCGUCCCCUUCAUCAUGCACGACGCUCGUGAGAGCAUGAAUCGGAGCAAGCAGACGGUUUCUUGGAUUUGGGAAGACUUCGGCUUUGCUUACAAGCAGAACGACCCGAAGUACCAGGCGUUCCUUGAAGACGUCAAACGCGUGCACUGGUUCCGAUGCAGUGCCAUGCUCGCUCGCUGGCGAGAGGAAGUCCGUCUCCUCGGGGAGGAGACACGUCGAACGGUACGGUACUUCGGUUGGUUCCGAGGGAAGUGGUCGAGGCGCGCGCGCGUACAUGAAUCGAGCGGCAAACGCGACGCGGCAGCCACGGCGGCAUACGCGCGAAAGCAAGCCCACCGCUAUGUACGCCUGCUAGAUAAGUGUCGGCGCUCGUAUACAGCAGCCGGAGUUGGGAUCGAAACGGAGUUGUGGGAGGCAGCCACAAGAGACGACAAUGAAGUUGAUAUGGUUGACUGA